AUGAAGACCGGGUUCGUGCUCGUCAUCGGGCUGGUCGCGACCAUUUGGUCAGGAACUCCGGACGACACAGUUGGCCUCACCUCACUGUAUGAGGGAGAUUCCAAGCACGGGGCCAACAUGCAGGGAAGUCUCUUGUUCCAGGCUUUCCACCGGAAAGUCAUGGACACCGGCGUGGAAACUAAAAACAGCAUUGUCUACUCUGCCUGUGUAUGGCUGUUGUGUGCCCUACACCAGACACGGUUUUGGAGGAUCCGCACCGUGUACAAGCUUGUUGGGCACACACACAGCCACUGUGACAGGGUCUUCAGUCGCAUCAAGGCGUCGCUGAUGGGAAAGAGUUACAUCAGCGAAGAUGACAUGAAACAAAUCAUUGUGUCCACCCUUAAGUCCUACAAAAUGGAGUGGGACCACCUGCACGCCUCCCUGGACUUUGAAGCCUUGAAAACUUUGCUGGGAUUGGACAUUCACCACCUGAGAAAUGUUCACGAUCUGGAAAUUUUCCGCACCACGGGCGGGGUCUUUGUGCGCUGGAAGCAAUAUAUCAGUGAUGAACUGUGGAGCCGUCCCCGACUGGUGGUGGCGCCGGAGAACAUUGCGACGGUGGCACAAGCCAGGCCGCCCCAUGUGAAGCACAAGUUCACGGAUGAAGCGAAGGCAAAGUUCAGUGACUUUUUGUCUAAACUUGAAAUCCAGCUGGGCUCGAUGAACCUUUUGGAUGAUCAUGUGCGAGCUGGCAUGGCUUGGCUGAAGCAGGUGACCCAGUUUGACACUGACUUCACAAUGCCAGUUGACAGGAUGUUGGGUGACAUCAUGCAUGGCGGAGCACCACGUGGAUGUCGCUUGGAGUCUUCCGCGAUUGUCCCUGAUGACAUGCUCCUUCUCAACUGUCCAGGACCUUGUAGUUUGGUGCAGCUUGGCACCGUGGGAGAUUCUGACCCAGCCAUGGAUGCUUCGUGUUGUGUUGGUGAUUUCGUCAUCACCUUGAAUGACUCGAAGGCGCUCCCCUUUGUCAUGGGCCAGGUGGUGGAUGUCGAUGGUGACUCGGGAAUAGUUCAGUGGUGGCACCCGGGAAAAUCAAAAGAAGCCAACCUCAAAGCUGGUAGAAAGAAGGCGAUCCUGGAUUUGUUUGGUGGAUGGCAGCCCACAACUGACAUUCCUGUUGGCGAACUCGAGCCCUUGCCGCCAUCGGUGGUGAGUCCUGCACGAAUCAGGAUUUGGGGGUUCACCUUGGACUCGGGGGACCAAAUUCCAUUCUCCAUCCUGGAUAAAGUCCAGGGAGAGCUGGAUAUAGACCUGACUGGAUUGAAAAUGUCCAGCACACAGCGGGGAGCCUUGUACCGAAUGCCAAAGAAGAAAGAUGAGUCCCCUGAUCAGCGAGACUUCAAGAAAGAAGUCAAGAAAUUUGUAAAAAACUUGAUGGAGGAAUCGGACCCCAAAGCUUUAUCGCUCCAAGAUGUGAGGGAAGCUGUCAAAAAAGAGUUGUUGAAGGGAGAAGAACCCAAAAAUGUGGCAAUGUUCAAUGCCAUUGUAGAUUCCACCGUUUCACAUUUUCACCGCAAGGAUAGAGAGGCGGCCAGUACUUCGAAACCGAAAGGAGUUUUGAAACCAAUCUUCAAGAAAUGA